GCCAGAGCAAAAACGUCAGGCCCAGUUGCAUUCAAGGAAGCACCCUAGGCGCAGGACCCUCCUCUCCGCAGAUGCGGCGCAUGCUCCUGAUUUCUCCUCUGUGCCUGUUCAGGGAAGAGUGCCACGCCGCCUUCGUGACGGCGCCUGAACCUCUAUCCGCCACCUCGCUUCAAAGCGUCAAGUCCCGGAGAUCUCCGAGACCCUGUGCUCUGUCAGCCGUCUUUACUGAGCAACAUUCCUCUGCCUCAUCGUCGCUGAACGACCUCUUGCAGGCGCCCGGCGGUUCAACUUCAACGCGUCUUAUCCUUUUCGGGGGCAAGGGAGGGGUUGGGAAGACGACAACAGCAGCCGCAACUGCUGUUCGCUUCGCAGAUGAGGGCCUGCGGACAUUGAUUAUUAGUACAGAUCCAGCGCACAGCCUCGGAGAUGCACUUGGACAGCAACUGCAUGCCCCGCCGGAUGAGAUGACGGCCGUCGAAGGAGUGGACAAUCUAUGGGCGCUGGAGGUGGACGCGGGGCAGGCUGUUAUCGAGAUGAAGGCAGCGCUGGAGACUUUCGAUGCCAUCGAGUUGUCGCGAAAGCUCGGCAUCGGAACAACAGUGCUUGAAGGCAUCGGAAUUGGUGACAUGGUGAAACUCUUCGAGAACCCGCCGCCCGGAAUCGAUGAGCUUGUGGCCAUUGCAAAGGUGCUGCAACUGACGAGAGGAAAGGGUGGUGGUAAGCGGACGAAUCGUACGCGAUCUAAUGGUAGUAUGUCGCUUUGUCUCAGGAAGUUCCGGGGGCUCUCGAUUUGAUCGCCUUGUCAUCGAUACGGCUCCGACUGGUCACACGUUGAGGCUUCUAGCGGCACCUCAGUUUCUCGACGGCUUUUUGGGCAAAGUGAUUAAGCUCAAGAAUCAGUUAGACGCACUAACGAGAAGUCUGAAGAAAAUGCUGGCGUCUGUCAGCGGGGGCACCGAAGGUGCAGAGCCAUUGCUUGACCAGGUAUCUGGCACGUUUGUGUGGAGGUGAAUGCUGUAUCUUGCGUCGUUUAUGUGCUGGUAUAGGAUGCCGCCCUUCAACGUAUCGAGGCUCUUAAGGAUCGCUUGCUAGGGCUACGUGGCCUCCUUCGUAACAGCGAAACGACAGAGUUCUGUGUGGUCACGAUCCCAACAGAGAUGGCUAUCGCAGAAUCCAAGCGGCUGCUGGCAUCACUUAAGGUGGUGCGACACCGCAUUAGCUCGCAAAAACAACACUCUCUUUCGCGUGUCAAUGCGUGCGUAUUCAGAAGGAGGGCAUUGCAGUCAAGCAUCUCAUUGUGAACAAACUGAUGACAGCAGGCUCCGCAGAACAAGUCGGAGAGAUACAGGAAACUCGCCGGGUGGCUACUCUUGCGUCCUUUGUCGAGCAACUACAGAGCGAUCAAGUGAAGAGCCUGCAACGGCUGCAUACACUGGCACAAGAAGCCAACCUGAGGCUCUCAUUCGUGCCUUACUUUGAUGUCGAGGUGAGUAGAGAAGUGAGACCAACACGUCAACCCGCGGGCUUGCGUGGGUGUAGGUGACGGGCCCUCUCGGUCUGAGGUACUUUGGAGAAGAGGCCUUCGGCCGAGCCAAUGCUCCCAUGUGGUGGGCACGGCAUGCAGCUGGCUUACAGCUGUCCGUGCGGCGUGUGCCCUUGUGUGCUGCAGGUCGGAUCUGUUUGAGGACCCUAAGCGCCGUUGUAUCAUCAUGGGCGGGAAGGGCGGAGUAGGUAAAUCAUCUUCCUCAGCAGCACUGGCGAUCAAAAUGGCUGAAAAAGGGUACGAGGAAUUAGCUUCUGUCUUUUCCUACUCCUUGAUGCUAUGUGAUUCAGUUUCAAGACGCUGGUUGUGAGCACCGACCCCGCACAUUCCCUUGGGGACGCACUGAAGGUCAACCUUGGUGGUGGCCAGCUUGUCAGGAUCGACUCGGAGGGUAAGCAUGCAGCACAAGGAUGAGGCUCACAGACUGCAGCGUGACGCCUUUUAGGUACGGACCUGCGACUAUUGCUGGAAAGCGCUACCAGUAGAGGCCAGCUUUUUGCACUCGAGAUCGAUACCGAAGUAAGAGAGGAAAUCCCAGGACGGUCAGUCGGCGAAUGCAUUUGGGUGCUAUUCCAGGGUACAGUGGCAGAGUUUCGCGAGGCGCUUUCUACCUCUCUUGCGACUACAAGGGCUUCUCUUAAGAGCAGCCGCAACUUGCGAGCACUGACGGGCACAGACGGCGUAGGUAAGCGUACGCAUGAAGCACGAAGUUUAUACACCACUGCAGUUGUCUAGGGUCGUUGUUCGACAUCGAGGACCUCUUCGAUACUGCCCCCCCUGGCACAGACGAACUCGUUGCACUAUCAAAGGUACCCAGCUUAUAACUCAUAUGGCCGGCCCUCCUGCACUGCUGUCAGGUGUUUGGCAUCCUGAACCGUCCCACGGAUGACGGGCGCCCAUUCGAUCGUCUGAUCAUCGAUACAGCUCCAACGGGCCAUACACUCAGGCUACUUGCAUUUCCGGAGUUCCUCGACAGCUUCUUCCAGAGGUUGCGCGAAAUCCGCGAUAGGUUCCAAAGUAGUGGCUUCGGAUCAUUGGGAGCAAUGCUGGCAGGAGAGAUGGAAGAUAUGGAUCUGACCAGAAGGAACGGUGGGCAACCAGAGACGGCUGGGCAGGGCGAAGAACAUAAUUGGAGGCAUAGAAUGGUGUUUGUAGACUCUUCAUCGGAUGGGGCAUCCGGUCGUGAUCGUUUGAAGGAGUUCCAGGACAAGAUGGCUGAGCUUGAUGAUCUUUUCCACGAUCCCGCACAGGCGGAAUUCUGCAUUGUGACCAUUCCUACGGGUAUAGUAAAUGAGCGGUCAUGCUAUGAGUAAACGAGCACGCUCAGGCGUCUGUGUUCUGCUCAGAGUUGGCAGUGGCUGAGACGGAGCGUCUUGUCAAGUCACUCAAACACGAGGGGAUGCUCGUCAGACGCCUGAUCGUCAACCAGGUAAGUUGUCUCGGUGCCCUAUUGCGAGGUGCACAUAAGUGACCUUCUUCAGGUGUUUAGUGUAGAUGCGGAUGAGGACGAUGGGCAGAAAUUCGCGUCACUAUCUGAAUACGCGCAGCGCUUCAUAGAGGGGCAGAGCUCAAAGGUUGAUGAAAUCAACCAGGUAGAGAACGUGACAUCUACCCUUUGCACCCUGGUGUCCCUUGUUUGUUUCACCCUGUAGUUGGCGAGGGAACGAGGUGUUGGGGUUGUGUACGUGCCUUACUUCGACCGCCAGGUGAGUGGGUAUGCAUGCCUCUUGGACAUUGCCCUGUCUGAAUGUCCCUUCCAGAUUGAUGCGAUUCAAGGGUUGAGAAGAGUCGGUCAUGCACUCUUUACAGGGUAGUCACCGACGAUAUGGACCG